AUCUGGAGAAUGUAUCUUUAGAUACCAGUUCACAUUAGAACAGCGUACCUUUAUCUUGAAAGGACAUACCCUUUGCAGCUUUUAUUUUGAAAGGUUGACCCGGUAGAGUAUGGUGAAAUAUCCGUAAAUUCAAGAGUGAAAUAGCUUUUAAGAUCGGCGGAAAAGUGAACUUGUUCUUUUAAUCUCCACAAUGUCACAACCGCUAAAAGACAAAGAGGCUUAUCAGAGAUUAAACUUUCUGUACCAGGCUGCACAUUGUGUUCUGUCACAGAAUCCCCCGAAUAUGGAGCUGGCUCGGUUCUACGUUUACACUCAGAAAAACAUAGCAAAACGAUUAGUUCUCAGACAAGAUCCAUCAGUGAAGAGAACUGUGUGUAAGAAGUGCUACUCUUUGCUUAUACCUGGGGUCACUGCUACAACAAGACAAAGAAGAAAAAAGGGCAAUAAUCGCUUCACUGUAGUGAGGUGUCUCAGCUGUGGGCAGACCAAGAGGCUGAAGAAUAAUCCAGAUUAUUGUUUAUGGGUCAAUCGACCAGAAGCUCAGCAGGAGAAUCAAGGGCAACCAGGUCCCGAUCAUUGCACUGAAGGCAUGACACAAGACACAAAACCUAUUGAGGCUCAGACGUCCAAAUCCAGUGCCACUCAGAGCAUCACCAAAACAUGAAAGGAACAUUUAUACUCCUGUUUUACACCAAUUACUUUAUUGAUAUUUUUGGGAGACUUCUUCACAGCCCUGUUACUAAGUGAAUCUAAGAAUUAUUUUAUUAUUAAUUUUUAUUUUUUAUAGCAUUUUGUCCUAUAAAUUAUUUUAUUAACAAUCUGUAGCUUGAUGAGUUUUUUUGUUUUAAUUCAGUUUAGAAAGGCGGACAUCAAUCAAAGUUAUCAAUACGUUUUGGUUUUGGUUCUUUGAAAUGUACCACAUUGUUUGUACAUGCUUGUUUAGUUGAAGUAAACAUCUUGAUCAUUUCCUAGCCUAAA